AGUCUUACUACCCAUCACCAUGGCGUAUCAGCUUUGCUCUGCUCAACCUCAUUUCUCCCUCAACAAAUUUUCCUUUUCUUCUUCUUCUUCUACUAACAAUUACAAAACCGCGUCAUUUUAUGCUUGUGCUCAAAACGCAUCGCGCAGGAUCGCCCUUCUCCAGCUCACCACUGUUCUCUCUCAGUCAGAAUUAUUUGUUGCAAAUGCACCAAAAUUUUUAAGGACUGAGGGUAACUCAGAGACCAGCAUGCUGAUUGCGGAUAUAGCUCAAGAAACAACUUCCGUUACCGAGAAAGAUGUGCUCGAGUGGACAAAGAGCGACAAAAGAAGAUUGCUCCAUGUUGUUUACCGUGUUGGUGAUCUGGACAAGACUAUAAAAUUCUACACAGAAUGUUUGGGCAUGAAACUGUUGAGACAACGUGAUAUCCCUGAGGAAAAAUAUUCAAAUGCAUUUGUUGGUUAUGGACCUGAAGAGUCACACUUUGCUAUGGAACUUACUUAUAAUUAUGGAGUUGACGGUUAUGAUAUUGGAACAGGAUUUGGACAUUUUGGCAUAGCAGUUGAAGAUGUUGCCAAAAUGGUGGAUCUAGUGAAAUACAAGGGUGGCAGAGUGAUCCAGGAACCCGGUCUAGUGGAAGGUGGAAAUACAGUUAUUGCCCUCGUCGAAGAUCCAGAUGACUACAACUGUAAGCUGAUACAAAGAGGCCCUACUCCUGAGCCCCUAUGUCAAGUAAUGCUCCGAGUGGGAGAUCUUGACCGUUCAAUUAAUUUCUACAGAAAGGCUUUUGGCAUGGAGCUUCUUCAGAAAAGCGACAACCCAGAGCACAGAUCUACAACAGCCAUGAUGGGUUAUGGUCCUGAAGGUAAAAACACAGUUCUGGAGUUAACAUAUAAUUAUGGUGUCAGAGAAUAUACCAAAGGAAAUGGAUAUGGCCAGAUUGCCAUUGGCACAGAUAACGUUUAUAAGACUGCAGAGGCUAUAAAAUUCUAUGGAGGUGAAGUCAUACGUGAACCUGGGCCUUUGCCAGGAAUUAAUACCAAAAUCACAGUAUGCUUGGAUCCUGAUGGUUGGAAAACAGUCUUUGUUGACAAUAUCGAUUUUCUUAAGGAGCUACAGUGACAAGAUUAUCGCCGUCUUUAUACCCAUUAUACUAAUAUGAGAAAUCCCUUCCAAGACUAAAUCCUUAUUUACAGUAAACAAGUCCCAGUUUGUCAGAUUA